AUGAAUUCGGAAGCAGAACUAGCAGAGCUGAAGUGGUCCGCUCAAUACCAACUCGCGCACGUAUCUCGAAGCACGCUACCGGGCGACAAACUUCUCCUUCCACCGUCAGCGUUGGAGCAGCUUCUCGCUGCGGCGCCCGUUGUUCACGUCGACGGAAAUCGACCUCACAUCACCGCCUUCGAUCCCUUCAACCCGUACACGUUCAACGCCGAACGCCACGCAAGACAACAGACGCAGGACCGCUUCCAGCAGCUACCCCACCCACUUACCUUUCGACUCGUGAACCCGGAAAACGGCAGGGUUGUACAUGCAGGGAUACGCGAGUUCUCUGCAGAAGAGGGCGAGAUCGUAUUGAGCAGUUUCCUGAAGGAGGCGUUGGGAAUCCAGACACAAUCUGCAGAGCCGUCGAGAGAUGCUAGUCCAGAUGGGCAGGAGGAAGUCGAUGCGGCCAUGUCGAACGGAGCAGCACCACUCGAAAACAACGGUGCUGCAUCCACAAAGAUUACAGUGCAUGCCAAACAGCUGCCGAAGGGCACCUUUGUAAAGCUACGGCCGCUCGAAGCUGGUUAUGACCCAGAAGACUGGAAAUCGCUACUUGAGGAGCAUCUUAGAUCCAACUUUACAACAUUGACGAAUGGCGAGGUCUUGGUUGUAGACGGUGGCCGAGGCGUUGGUGGCAAGCGCGAGGAGUUUCGUUUCCUUGUAGAUGGCUUCAAGCCUGAAGGAGAUGGGAUUUGCGUGGUAGACACGGACCUGGAGGUGGACAUCGAGGCUUUGAAUGAAGAACAAGCACGCGAAACAAUGAAGAGGAUAGCUGCGAAGAUGCACCGUGCACCCGGAACGUCGCAAGGUAGUUCUACCGGCGGGCUGGUUGACAUAUUCAAUGCGCAAACCGGACAAGUACUUGACGGAGAAUAUGUUGAUUUCGAGCUGUCGUCAUGGGAUAGAUCUCGAGGCUUGGAAAUUCUCUUAGAUGAAGUGGACGAUGAGGAUGAGGUUGAUCUAUUUGUCAGUCCAUAUUCAUCACGACAAAGAGCUCGUCCACGGGAAGACGAGCAUGUCUUUGCAGACGUAACAAGUCAGUACCCGAAACGCAUACGCCUGCGGCCUACAAAUGUCGAACUCGACGAUGCAGAAGCUGUGUGGAUUUCAGUCCAUGCAUACCCAUCCGAAUCACCCUCAAACACACCCAAACCCUUCCACUUGAAGGUGUCGGUUUACGAUCCCAAUACAGAAGCAGAAGAUAAAAUGGAAGAUGUUCUGGAGUCCAAUGGAGCGAUGGGACCGGACGAAGUAAUUUGUCAAAACUGCAAACAACGAGUGCCCAAAGGCUCACUCUUUUUGCAUGAGAACUUUUGUUUGCGAAACAACAUUCUCUGCCCACAAGGUUGCGGACAAGUCUUUCAGAAGCGUUCGCCUGCCUACCAAACCCACUGGCAUUGUCCCCAUGAUACCUUCACUGGUAACACUCCAUUAAGCCGACAGAAACAUGAUGCUCUCUACCAUACGCCACAGCUUUGCUCGACUUGCGAUAUGGACUUCCCGUCGAUACCCAUGCUCUCACAUCACAAGACUACAGUAUGUCCUGGCAAACUGAUUCUUUGCCGCUUCUGUCAUCUACAGGUUCCACAGGAAGGUGAUCCGAAUGAUCAGUCCCCAGAACUCCUCCUUUCCGGCCUUACACCACAUGAACUAGCAGACGGCGGCCGAACAACAGAAUGUCACCUCUGCAACAAGAUCGUUCGCUUUAGAGAUAUGGACACACAUCUCCGACAUCAUGAUCUGGAACGCCUGUCCCGCCCUCUACCGCGCAUGUGUCGGAACGUUAAUUGCGGCCGUACUCAAGAUGGUGCAAACAAGGCAGGCGAUACACGGGCUGGAACGCGCAAAGGCCAAGGCCCAGGCAACGAGAUCGGCCUGUGCAGUGUCUGUUUCGGGCCUCUCUACGUCUCUCUGCACGACCCAGAAGGCAAAGCACUCCGCCGCCGUAUCGAGCGCCGCUACCUCUCUCAGCUACUUACUGGCUGUGGGAAGGCUUGGUGCAAGAACGAAUAUUGUCGCACCGGCCGUAAGAACUUGGGACAGGAAGACAAGUCUGUACCCACUAAAGACGCUAUCCCACUGGUGAAGCCAUUCUUGCAGGGCAUGGAUGGGAAGGGCUAUGAUACUCCGCUGCACUUCUGCGUCGACGAGAGGACGCAGAAGUCUAGAACGCUAGCUGAGAUGAUUGCUGCAGAAAAGGGCAUUGAGGGCAAAGGUGGAUACGGUCUAGAGUGGUGUAUUGCUGCAAUGGAAGCUGAGGGUGGAGAUCUAGAUAAGGCGAGGAGCUGGCUCAAGGGGUGGGCACCUCAGAGAACGGAGGCCAGCUAG